AACAAGCCAGAAAUAACUUCAUGCUUUUCACAUUUCCGUAAAAAAUAAUUGACUAAUUAAAACAUGGUUCUACUGAUGCUCUGGUUAGCUUGCUAAAACAAACUCUUAGGAACAUGCAGCUAAUAUAGUGCUCAUUUGUAUUUAGGGAAAACAGUUAAGAGUUAAAGACAAUAAGAAGUUAAUCCUCUUUAGGGCUGAGAAGGAGAACCAGAAUUACACGUUUUGACAAAUGUGGGAGGAUCUUUGAACCAGUGUUUAUUUUAAGAGAUCUGUUUUGACUGCAUUCACACUGCUAGCAACACACUUAAGGAGCGUCUGUUCGUCCGUCGACACACACAGUCAGAAACAUGGCCUUUGCGUUGUCCGAGGUUCAGUUUCAGUGCAGCAUCUGUCUGGAUAUGUUCCGAAACCCCGUCUCCAUCCCAUGUGGACACAACUACUGCCUGGGGUGCAUCAAACGCUUCUGGGACACGAAGCAGAAGUUUGAGUGUCCUCUGUGCAAAGAAGACUUCAAAACCCGUCCAGAUCUCAGGGUCAACGUAGGCUUGAGAGACAUCACCGAUCAAUUUAAAAAGUCUAUAAAGGGCCAGCCUGAAUACAAGCCCGCCCCGCCGAAGAGGAUGGUGCAGAGACGACAACAAUCGGAAGAAGUUUCCUGUGACAUCUGCCAAGGAAACAACAUCAUAGCGGUUAAGUCUUGCCUCGUGUGCCAGGCGUCUUACUGUGAGAUUCACCUGACGCCGCAUCUGAGGGAUCCACCGCUGAUGAAGCACAGACUGACGGAUCCGGCCAUCUUCGCCACCAGUCACCUCUGCAGGAGUCACAACAUGAUCCUGGACAUGUUCUGCAAGAGGGAUCAGACGCCUAUUUGUGUGAAAUGUAGAGAGAGGGACCACAAGAACCAUGAGAUCGUCCCCAUCGAGAAGGAGAGCAAGAGGGUCAGGACUCAGAUGAAGAAGAUGGAGGCAGAGUUUAAUCAGAUGGUCCAGGCAAGAAGCAGAAAGCUGGAGGAGAUCAACGCUUCGGCAGAGUUGAGGAAAAUAAACAAAGAACGGCAGAUCCAAACAAGCAUUCAGGUGGUCACCGGGGUGAUAAGUGUCAUCGAGAGAGGCCAGUCUUUGCUCAUGGAGGAGAUCGAGCAGAAGCACGAAGCGGCUGAGAGGACGAAGAAGGAGUUUAUCAAAGAUCUCGGGCAGGAAAUUAAUGAAGUGCGGAAAAGAAGAAGUGAGCUGAAGCACCUGGAGAACACCGAGGACCCUCUUCAUCUGCUGCAGAGUUUCCCCUCUCUGCGUGCUCCGCUGGCCGCUAAGGACUGGUCUCAGGUCAGAGUUUACUCGGACAACAUAGGGACGCUGAGGAGAUCCUUCACCAAGCUGGUGGAUGUGUGUCAGGCGCUCGAAAAGAAUCUGUCUGCAGAAGAGAUGAGUAAGGCAAGUCAAUAUGCAGUGGAUGUGACUUUGGAUCCAGUGACUGCUUCUGCUUGGCUGUGUUUGUCCGCAGAUGGGAAACAGGUAACAUCAGCCAGCAGAAGAACCCCCCCCCCCCCUGACGAGCCUCGCAGAUUUGACUCCUGCGUCUCCGUUCUGGGGAAACAAAGCUUCACCUCGGGGAGACGUUACUGGGUGGUCCAGGUCGGGGAUAAAUCAGACUGGGAUCUUGGUGUGGCGAGGGAGUCCAUCAACAGGAAGGGGGUGAUCACGGUUCGCCCUGACACCGGUUACUGGGCGAUUUGUCUGCGAAAAGGCAGUGAUUUCAAGGCCUGUGCCGGACCCUCGGUCGCCCUGCACCUCCAGGAAACUCCCCAGAAGGUGGGCGUCUUCCUGGACUACGAGGAAGGGUCGGUGUCCUUCUACGACGCAGACGCAAAGACCCACAUUUACACUUUCAGCGAGUGUGACUUCACAGAGCCCCUGUACCCCUACUUUAACCCGUGUCUUCAAGAUGAAGGGAAGAACAUCGCCCCGUUGAUCAUCUGUCCUGUUGAAGCUGUUGAAGGAAGAGUCAGGGAAGACAUUACCAUUGAGACAGCUUUAUGAGGUGUUAUAGGAAAGGAUGAUACCAAGUGAUAUCAAGAAAUUAGGUUUAUAUAUAUUAUAUAUGAUUCUUUGCACUGUAAUAGUAUUUAACAGUAUCCUGCAACAGGCCAACAAUUAUUGAGUUGUUAUUUGUGUAUAUGCGUUUACAGCGUCAACGAUGGCAGCGUGGUUUCUCACAAUUUCUUACAUAAUUAAUUGUUUUCUUAACAUGGUUUAUCAUUUUGUAUCAUGUAAAU